AUGGCUGGUGACCAGAAGAUCACAACUACUGCUAGUAAUGAGAAUUAUACUGAAAAUCAACAAAAAUUGAAGUGUAACGAUCGAAAACGCAAGCAAAUUACUAAUAUAUCAUCGAGACAAAAUCGAAAUUCUAAAAUUCGUGCACUGUCGGAUAAUGCAGACGAAGUGAUUGCAAUGGAAUACGAUACAUCAUUGUCUGCCUUACAGAAACUACCAAUGAUUUUAUUAUCACAAAUUGCAUCUAACUUAAAUAUUCGUGAACAAAAAAAUUCGCUGAUACUUGCCACAAAACUAUACUGGGAUACACGUACCGAUCUUCAUAUCGGUGAUCUAAUGAGACAAACUUUCCCAUUUAUCAAUCAGAAGAAUCGAUAUUCAUUGCAUGCUAUACGUAGAGAACUUAGUCUUAUGCUACGUCUAAUACCUAAUUUUGCGUUACGCAAACUUCAUUUUCAACCUAUUUAUUUGCUACAUUUGCAGGAUUUGCAAGAUAUUGAAAUUCGUACGAAAAAAUCUGCGAAACAAAUUUACGGUGCGGUAAAACAUUUGGAUUUGCGCGGUUGUUCAGUGGAAUAUGGUGAAUUGCUAUAUUUCUCGAAUGCAUGCACCAAACUGUCAUCAAUUGCAAUCACGCAUGCUGCUGUAUUUCUGCCAAAUGAAUUAUUCAUAGAUGAUGAUUGUACAAAACAGAAUAAAUCGGAACAGCGUCCGUUCGGAAGAAUUCGUGAUUUCCUUCGUAUAUCGCUUCCAAACUUUACGGAAAUGGAAAAAAAAGGGGAGCUUCCGGUAGCUCAUAUUGAAUUGCUUGUUAAGUUACUCAUGUUAUUUCCAUAUCUUGAAACUUUCUAUAUCGAUUAA